CUGGAAUGACGUAAUCAUCAGGCGCCAAUAGUCACUUCUGUUGCCGCCUCGUGUUUCCCUCAGAGCCGCUUGAGGUCGUGCUGAUGCGCUGAGCUGCACGCGGCGUCUUCCUCUCUUCUGAGGGACUCAGGUACGGUGUGUUCUCCGCCUUCACACCUGCCGUGCCCCUCUGAGCAGGAACAGGAGCUGCUGAGACUGUCGUGGUGUUCAAGUGCCCGCCAUAAUGGCCGCAGCGCCCUCCCGAGUGCACCAGAGCUACGACCUCGAUUGCGAGGACGCUAUCAACACCCAUAUCCAGCUAGAGAUGUACGCCUCCUACGUGUACUUAUCGAUGGCCUUCCACUUUGACCGUGAUGACAUGGCCCAGGGGAACUUGAAGCGUUUCUCCCUGAGCAAGUCACACCACCACCAGGCCUGUGCCGAGAUGUUCAUGGCCCUGCAGAAUAAGUGUGGAGGCCGCAUCGUCCUCCAUAACAUCGCGAGACCAGACCGUGACAGCUGGCAAGGGGGCAUCCAGGCCAUGGAGUGUGCCUUCCACAUGGAGAUGACCACCAACCAGAGCCUGCUGAACCUGCAUGCAUUGGCCAAGGGAAAAGGCAACGCCUACCUCUGCGACUUCCUGAAGCAACACUGCCUGGAUCAGCAGGUCCAAGUUCUGAAGGAGGUGAGCCUCUAUUUGACCAAUCUGCGCCAGAUGGGGGCCCCAGAGAACCGCUUGGCUGAAUACCUCUUCAACAAGCUCAGCCUGUCCUGAAGCCCCAAGUGGACUGAACUGGGAUGUCCUCAAUGCCAUGGGGUCUUCCUCUGGACAUUAGAUCUGAAGUCCAUGUUCCUUUUGAAGCAAGUUCACUUUUUUUCUGUUUCUGUUUGGCUGUUGUUUGCAAUAAAUUUCUUUUCAGCAAA